AUAUUCAAUGAAUUGGCUUUAUGUGAUCAAUAGUACUUCUUAUUGCAGAUGGAUGGAGGGGAAAGAGCGAAAAAACCGAUACUUAGUGAGAUGACUUCUCAUUCUGUGACUUCUGAUAUCCCAGAUAACAAGAUGGACGUAGGGGAAGGAACGAAAAAGCGGAUGCUAUGUGAAAUGACUUCUAAAUCUGUGUGUUCUGAUAUCCCAGAUGACAAGAAACAUAGAGUUGAAGAAAACUCUAUAUUGUCUGAUGACAAAGGUGAAAUGGCAUGCCAGUCUUUUAAACCUCCGACGCCACCUUGUUUACUGUCUAUGGAGACUGAUGCAGCUGGACCUGGUACUGAUGAGCCUAUACCUGGCAUCAUCGUGCCACAUGAAGAAGGUUGUGGAUUGGGUUUACCCCCUGCUGUAGAAACUGGUGGUGCAGCUGGAGCUGCUAGUGUAGAGCCUCUAGUGAACGGUGUCGUGCCACGGGAAUUCUCUGAACUGGAGCAAAACGGUUUACCUAUUGUCAAGACCGAUUUAACUGGUGCUGAUGCUGGAGUUGCUACUGAUGAUCCUGCACCCGAAGGAGGUUUUGUAUUGGUAGAACCCGUCAUGACUAUAGAAAAAGAAUACGAAAAUAAACAUUAUUGGGCCGGGCGGUACUACCGCGAGCGGUACCGGCCUAAGUACCGCACACCCAGUGUUGUAUACUGGAUUGCAAGCGGUACCAGGCCGCCCCGCUCAGCUCCAGCCCCAGCCUGGGCCGCCGCCCACCUUCUGGCCCAGCCCCACCGCAGCACCUCCCCACGACCUAGCCAACCUCGCCCUUGCCCCGCUCUGGGCCGCCCCCGCCUCAGCUGGGCCCAGCAGCCACCGCCGCUCGCCAGGCCGACGGAGCUGCGCACGCACGCGCUCCCGCCCGCACGCUGCGCGCCGCGCUCCCGCUCGCUCCACGCGGCCUCGCUGGCCCACGCGCAGGCCACGCUGGCUGGCCGCUCGCUGCCCGUGCAGGAGAGCUUCCUCGCUCGAUCCCCGCACGCGUUGACCCGUACGCCUGGCCGCCCGUACGGCUCCCACCCUCAACGCUGA